UGAAAACCGCUGCACAGCUAUGAAAACUGCGGGCGGAAGUAGCUAGCAGAUUAUGUGUAAAAGCUGCCAAAGAAAAACAGUGAGCAGGAUAAAAACAACCAUUUUAGUUAGCAAUUUAAGUCGCUAAUUAGUUAGGUUGAUACUUGUUGCUUUUAUGGAUUUUCUUUGAACUUGCUUUCUUGCUUGCCUUACAUUUUUUUGCGAGCAAAUGGAGCGUUUGCUAACGUUAGCUAGUAAGCGUCCUUUUCAUGUUUCCUGGUGACGAGCGACAAGACUGAGUGUUUUGUCAAUUAACCAUCUUUCUGGAUCAUUCAAUACUUAUGUUUAUAAUUGUUUUGAAAUGCUGGGAGCUAACUGCCAUGUCUAUUUUUGUUAGCUAACUUCAUGACCGCUAUGGCUCCAGCAGCAGCUGGCACCACUGGCUCCAAAGUGUAAUGACACGGCGGUUGGGCAUAACGUAGCUGGAGCUCGCUGGUUUUGCCGCUUGGCAGCGGAAACAUAUUUUCACUCAAACACCCUAGCUACGUUUUCAUUAUACACGACCCUUGUGGUGCACAGAUACGAUGGCAAACAGCACUCGAACGAAGAAUGAGAAUUCUAUCAUGGAAAGCCCAAGCGCAAGCCCCCUGUCCGGUAGGAAAAAGGCACAACAGUCCCCUGGGUCUCGCUCAAGGUACCAUGUCAGUGCACCCGGACAUUGUUUUAGGAAAGUGACUCUCACCAAACCAACGUUCUGCCACAACUGCAGUGAUUUCAUAUGGGGUCUUAUCGGAUUCAUUUGUGAAGGUAGGUUGGUUUACAUGAGACGUGACAGUUGUUUUUGUUUAUUCACUUGAUCAGACCAUUUGAGUUGAAACGGCUCAACUGAAAUGUAAAAUGUGCUUGACAUUGGGGAAUUUACCCAGAAUUGUUGAAUGCACAACUGAAGCAUUUUGAGGUUGACGUAAUGCGUAUAGGUUCUAAACUUGUCUAGAUAUUGUCGCCGUGUACAGUAUGGCAUGUUCAUAGAGCAGUACUCAGUGUGUCAUAGGCUAGAGGAAGAGCUGUAUGUGUGUAGUAACGUUGUGUGCGUGUCUGUUUGUGUGUGUGUGUGUGUGUGUGUGUGAAAGAUGCCUUGUCGCUGUGUGUCCAAUGAGUUUGUGUGUGUAAAAAUGUUUCACUGCAGCCUGUAGGCCUAUGCCGUUAUCAUGCAUAGACUGGCAUUAUGAUGCUAUCAAUGAAUGUAAAUUCAGUAAAGUCCCUCUCCUUUACUCCAUGAUGUGUCCAUCAUGGUUGACAUCUGAAAAGGUAUCUCCCAUGAACAUGUGAAUAUAACAUGUAGGAAACGAAGCAAUCCCUAGCCUUACACUGAAGCAUAGGGACAGCACAGCAGCAUUGCACAACAGCAUAAGACGAUGGACAGCACCCAGUGUUACCAGGCAGAGCGAAGGAAGGGAAACGCAAAGUCUCUGUUGCGCAAUCAGCUACAGACAAGUCGUGAUAUACUUUAACUGGUCGGCAUGGCAACAGGGGACUGGAUGCUCGAGAGCAACAAAAAAAAGCUAAACACCCUAGACAUGGCAUAAGAAAUAUAUAUAAUGCUACAAUGGUGCUAUAUUUUUGACUUAUGUGCAUUCUUAAAUGCUGUAACAGCCUAUUUGUUAAUGUGUCAAAUGUGAAGCAUAGACUGCAUGUCGCCUCCAUGAAGGUGGAUGCGAUCAUGCACUCUUGUUGUUAGACAGCUUGUCUUAUUAGAACAUUUGUUCCUGUGCCAUCUAGCCCAAGCCCAUAAUAUCUCAGUAGAUAUGUUGUGCUGCUUAUGGCCUGGUACAAACAGAAGGACCUGACAGAUAUGCAGUCUCUUUGAUGUUCUUCAGAGAUUGCAAUGGAUGGACAAGGACUUGAGCCUUACCAGCUGAGGUCCACUGCUCCUUUCCCACUGGGCACAGAUGUCAAUUCAACGUCUAUUCCACGUUGGUUCAAAGUAAUUUAAUUGAAAUGACGUGGAAACAACGUUGAUUCAAGCAGUGUGUGCCCAGUGAGUUGUGACAAACUAAUGCUCCUUUCAACAAAGUUUGAAUAUAGACCCGAGCCAUAACCUUGUCAGGAACCACAUUCAGUAGCACUUUCUAUAAACCACAAGUACAGUUGAAGUCGGAAGUUUACCUACACUUAGGUUGUCAUUAAAACUCGUAUUAAAACUUGUUUUUCAACCACUCCACAAAUGUCUUGUUAACAAACUAUAGUUUUGGCAAGUUGGUUAGGACAUCUACUUUGUGCAUGACACAAGUAAUUUUUCCAAUAAUUGUUUACAGACAGAUUAUUUCACUUAUAAUUCACUGUAUCACAAUUCCAGUGGGUCAGAAGUUUACAUACACUAAGUUGACUGUGCCUUUAAACAUCUUGGAAAAUUCCAGCAAAUGAUGUCAUGGCUUUAGAAGCUUCUGAUAGGCUAAUUGACAUCAUUUGUGUCAAUUGGAGGUGUACCUGUGGAUGUAUUUCAAGGCCUACGUUCAAACGCAGUGCCUCUUUGCUUGACAUCAUGGGAAAAUCAAAAGAAAUCAGCCAAGACCUCAGAAUAAAAAUUGUAGACCUCCACAAGUAUGGUUCAUCCUUGGGAGCAAUUUCCAAACGCCUGAAGCUACCACGUUCAUCUGUGCAAACAAUAGUGCGCAAGUAUAAACACCAUGGGACCACGCAGCCGUCAUACCGCUCAGGAAGGAGACGCGUUCUGUCUCCUAGAGAUGAACGUACUUUGGUGCGAAAAGUGUAAAUCAAUCCCAGAACAACAGCAAAGGACCUUGUGAAGAUGCUGGAGGAAACAGGUACAAAUGUAUCUAUCUCCACAGUAAAAUGAGUCCUAUAUCGACAUAACCUGAAAGGCGGCUCAGCAAGGAAGAAGCCACUGCUCCAAAACCACCAUAAAAAAGCCAGACUACGGUUUACAACUGCACAUGGGGACAAAGAUUGUACUUUUUGGAGAAAUGUCCUCUGGUCUGAUGAAACAAAAAUAGAACUGUUUGGCCAUAAUGACCAUCGUUAUGUUUGGAGGAAAAAGGGGGUUGCUUGCAAGCCGAAGAACACCAUCCCAACCGUUAAGCGCGGGGGUGGCAGCAUCAUGCUGUGGGGGUGCUUUGCUGCAGGAGGGACUGCUGCACUUCACAAAAUAGAUGGUAUCAUGAGGAAGGAAAAUUAUGUGGAUAUAUUGAGGCAACAUCUCAAGACAUCAGUCAGGAAGUUAAAGCUUGGUCGCAAAUGGGUCUUCCAAAUGAACAAUGACCCCAAGCAUACUUCCAAAAUUGUGCAAAAUGGCUUAAGAACAACAAAGUCAAGGUAUUGGAGUGGCCAUCACAAAGCCCUGACCUCAAUCCUAUAGAACAUUUGUGGACAGAACUGAAAAAGUGUGCGCAAGCAAGGAGGCCUACAAACCUGACUCAGUAACACCAGCUCUGUCAGGAGGAAUGGGCCAAAAUUCACCCAACUUAUUGUGGGAAGCUUGUGGAAGGCUACCCAAAACAUUUGACCCAAGUUUAACAAUUUGAAGGCAAUGCUACCAAAUACUAAUUGAGUGUAUGUAAACUUCUGACCCACUUUGAAUGUGAUGAAUGAAAUAAAAGCUGAAAUAAAUAAUUCUCUCUACUAUUAUUAUGACAUUUCACAUUCUAAAGUGGUGAUCCUAACUGACAUAAAACAGGGAAUUUGUACUAGGAUUAAAUGUCAGGAAUUGUGAAAAACUGAGUUUAAAUGGAUUUGGCUGAGGUUUAUGUAAACUUCCGACUUCAACUGUAGGUCUAUUGUAAUGCACCAUGACUGCCACAACUGUGUCCAUCUGGGUGACACUGAGAAUCAGAUUUUCACUUAAAAAUGUAUGUAAAAAAACAACAACAACAACAACAAUGAUUGCAAAGUUAAACAAAGCAUACAACUCUAUGUACAAGGACCACUUUUAACAAUUUCCAUAGAAAAUGUUACAAAAAACAUUUACUUAAAGUUGUAUGUUUAAACAAUUUUUUUGUUGCAAUAAUUUUUUGGGGUUUGGCAUAAAUGUUAAAGUAAAAAAAUCUGAUUCUCAUAGUCACUCGGUUACCGUAGAAUUGCCCAUCUAUAAAGACUAUUACGAAUACUUAGCAAGUAUUAUAAUGCAUUAUUGGAUGAAGGCAUUACUAAUGCAUUUACAGUACAUUAACCUAUACAAAGGUAGUUUAUAGACAGUGUAACACCAAAACCUCAUUACAAGAAAUGAAUGGUACUUUGGAAAGCCUAGUUACUGACACUCCAAAGAUGAAUUGACUAAUUGACUGACUCUGGUGUCUCCUCCCACCCCUAGUGUGUAACUUUAUGUGUCAUGAGAAGUGCCUGAAGACUGUGAGGACUGUCUGUUCAUGCAUGGCCCCGACGCUGGUGCGGGUGAGUGACAGCACAAAGUUAAACUGCACUAUCACUGCUUGUGAUCAGAUGGAUGACUGCAUGCUCCUGGUUAGUGCAUGCUAGCCCGACAAUCCUUCGGCAUGGUCUUUUUGGUCAUAUUCCUUUUUUGUCCAUUUGUGAACUCCAGGUCCCUGUCGCCCAUUGCUUUGGUCCAGCAGGGCAGAAAAAGAGAUUCUGCUGUGUGUGUCGAAAACAUCUGGAGGGAAACACAGCCAUUCGCUGUGAAGGUUGGUUUUCAAGAGCUUUCACAACAUACAGUAUCACACCAGUAUCACAAUGUACUUGCAACGUAUGGCCAAAGUGUUGCAGGUUUACUUAGUAGAAGUGUGCAGGUCAUCAUGUUGCAUAUGGAAGCUAAACCUCAACGUAUGUGUACAUAGGCUACAUUGGACAGUAAACACACAAGUGUACACACCCAAAGUAGAUUUUAAAUACACUCCCCUCCAUAUGUAUUUAGACAGUGAUACUAAAAUAUUACAUUACUAUACUCCAGCAUUUUGGAUUUGAAAUCAAAUGUUUCAUAUGAGGCGACAGUAUCACCUUUUAUCAUACAGUGAGGGAAAAAAGUAUUUGAUCCCCUGCUGAUUUUGUACGUUUGCCCACUGACAAAGAAAUGAUCAGUUUAUCAUUUUAAUGGUAGGUUUAUUUGAACAGUGAGAGACAGAAUAACAACAAAAAAAUCCAGAAAAACGCAUGUCAAAAAUGUUAUAAAUUGAUUUGCAUUUUAAUGAGGGAAAUAAGUAUUUGACCCCCUCUCAAUCAGAACGAUUUCUGGCUCCCAGGUGUCUUUUAUACAGGUAACGAGCUGAAAUUAGGAGCACACUCUUAAAGGGAGUGCUCCUAAUCUCAGUUUGUUACCUGUAUAAAAAUACACCUGUCCACAGAAGCAAUCAAUCAAUCCGAUUCCAAACUCUCCACCAUGGCCAAGACCAAAGAGCUCUCCAAGGAUGUCAGGGACAAGAUUGUAGACCUACAAUUUGUAAAGUCACAAGCUUGAUGUAGUCAUUGAAUGCUAGGAAUAUGGGACCAAAUACUCAACUUUUGACUACUUUAAUACACUAAGUGAAAUUUGUCCAAAUACUUACGACAUCUUCAAAUGGGGGGACUAGAUCUAUAAAGUGCUUUCACUUCUAAACAGUAAAUCAGAUAUGUAUGAAAAGACCCUCAAAUAAAAGGUAACAUUCUGUACUGUCACCUAAUAUGAAACAAUUUAUCUCAAAUCCAAACUGCAGUAGUAGGGGAGUGUACUUUUACAUUUUAGUCAUUUAGCAGACGCUCUUAUCCAGAGCGACUUACCGUAGUGAGUGCAUACAUUUUCGUACAUGACAUUCAAACUGUAUUUUAAACUUCCUUGGGGGAAAUCUAACUGGGAGCUGGUCCAUCAGUCAUAGUAGUGACCGAAGUAAUAUAACCUCUGUUUUCGGUUUCAGUUUGUGAGCUGCAUGCCCACUCAGACUGUGCUGCGUUCAGUUGUGGUGACUGUCGUCUCUGCCACCAGGAUGGGAGUCAGGACAUUGUAAGUAUCUCAAGCCUUCUGUCUUAAAGGUGUAUUGUGUUCACAACUUUUAAUUUAAUGUUAAUUCAGCAAACCAAAAUUGGUUAUUUGAAAGUUCCCUGAACAUUUAUUAGGUUGCGGCAAAUGUUCUCAUAACACAAAAACUGUCCAGUUGUGCUGAUGAUUAUACAAAGUUUGUAUGAAACAUUCGACUGAUGUUGCAAGAACAUUCCCAGAACACAUUUUGUCUGUUCUUUAAAUGUCCCCAGAAUGUUUCAUUAGGUUGUUGGAACAGUGUGGUGGGAAAAUUGUGGGGACAUCACAAAAUAUAUGUUCCCAAAACACAAACAACUAUCCAGUUGUGCUAAUGAUUACAAUGUUUCUAAUAGGUUAAAAAAAAAACAUUUGCCUGAAAUAUUUUUUUAUGUUCUUAAAAAGUUCCUAAAAAAGUAUUUAGGUUGUGGGACAUUGUGGGGAUAUGACAAGAGAGAGGUUCCCAAAACACUAAAACGGAUCAGUUGUGCUGACAUUCAGAUAAUGUUUGUAUCAGGGUGCACAAAACAUUCCUUUGAUGUUGCAAGAAUGUUAACAGAACAGCUGUUCUGAGUUCUUUAACGGUUCCCAGAGAACACAGUGGCCUCCAUUAUUCUUAAAUGGAAGAAGUUUUGAACCACCAAGACUCUUCCUAGAGCUGGCCGCCCAGCCAAACUGAGCAAUCGGGGGAGAAAGGCCUUGGUCAGGGAGGUGACCAAGAACCCGAUGGUCACUCUGACAGAGCUCCAGAGUUCCUCUGUGGAGAUGGGAGAAACUUCCAGAAGGACAACCAUCUCUGCAGCACUCCACCAAUCAGGCCUUUAUGGUAGAAUGGCCAGACGGAAGCCACUCCUCAGUAAAAGGCACAUGACAGCCCGCUUGGAGUUUGCCAAAAGACACCUAAAGAGUCUCAGACCAUGAGAAACAAGAUUCUCUGGUCUGAUGAAACCAAGAUUCAACUCUUUGGGCUGAAUGCCAAGCUUCAUGUCUGGAGGAAACCUGGCACCAUCCCUACGGUGAAGCAUGGUGGUGGCAGCAUCAUUCUGUGGGGAUGUUUUUCAGCGGCAGGGAUUGGGAGACUAGUCAGGAUCGAGGGAAAGAUAAAUGGAGCAAAGUACAGAGAGAUCCUUGAUGAAAACCUGCUCCAGAGCGCUCAGGUCCUCAGACUGGGGUGAAGGUUCACCUUCCAACAAGACAACGACCCUAAGCACACAGCCAAGACAACGCAGGAGUGGCUUCGGGACAAGUCUCUGAAUGUCCUUGAGUGGCCCAGCCAGAGCCCGGACUUGAACCCAAUCAAACAUCUCUGGAGAGACCUGAAAAUAGCUGUGCAGCGACGCAAAGUACUGGGUAAAGGGUCUGAAUACCUAUGUAAAUGUGUUAUUUCAGUUUUUGAUUUUUUAUAAAUUUGCACACAUUUCUAAAAACCUGUUUUUGCUUUGUCAUUAUGGGGUAUUGUGUGUAGAUUGAUGAGGGGAAUUUUUUUUUAAAUCCACUUUAGAAUAAGGCUGUAAUGUAACAAAAUGUGGAAAAAGUCAAGGGGUCUGAAUACUUUCUGAAUGUACUGAGUGUACAAAACAUAAGGAAAUCCACUAGAGACAUUAGAUGGUUAAAUAAAAAUAAAAAAGCUUUGAAUAUCCCUUUUGAGCAUGCUGAAGUUAUUAAUUACACUUUGGAUGGUGUAUCAAUACACCCAGUCACUGCAAAGAUACAGGUGUCCUUCCUAACUCAGUUGCCGGAGAGGAAGGAAACCGCUCAGGGAUUUCACAAUGAGGCCAAUGGUGACUUUAAAACAGUAACAGAGUUUAAUGGCUAUGAUAUAUUCCAAAAUGUGCAUCGUGUUUGCAACAAGGCACUAAAGUAAUACUGCAAAAUCCUAUAGGAACACAUGGUUCAGUCUGCUUUCCUCCUGACACUGGGAGAUGAAUUCACCUUUCAGCAGGACAAUAACCUAAAACACAAGGCCAAAUCUACACUGGAGUAGCUUACCAAGAGGACAGUAAAUGUUCCUGAGUGGCCGAGUUAUAGUUUUGUCUUAAAUCUACUUGAAAAUCUAUGGCAAGACCUGAAAAUGUAAGUCGCUCUGGAUAAGAGCGUCUGCUAAAUGACGUAAAUGUAAAUGUAAAAUGGCUGUCUAGCAAAGAUCACAACCAAUUUGACAGAGCUUGACAAAUGUUGCACAAUCCAGGUGUGGCAAGCUCUUAGAGACUUACCCAGAAAGACUCACAGCUGUAAUCACUCUUCUACAAAGUAUUGACUCGGGUGUGAAUACUAAUGUAAAUUAGAUAUUUCUGUAUUUCAGUUUCAAUACAUUUGCAAAAAUGUCUAAAAACACAUUUUCACUUUGUCAUUAUGGGGUAUUUUGUGUAGAUGGGUGAGAAAACAAAUCUAUUUAAUCCAUUUUGAAUUCCGGCUGUGACACAACAAAAUGUGGAAUAAGUCAAAGGGUAUGAAUACUUUUUGAAGGCACUGUAUGUUUGGACAAUACCUUAAUAAAAUAUAAUGACGUAAGAAUAUUGUCACGAUCGUUACAGGAAGCGGACCAAGGCGCAGCGUGUGAAACAAACAUGACUUUAUUUAAUUAAAGUAUCAAACAAAACACGACUCGUGAAGUCCACGGUUAACAAUACCGACACGGAACAAAAACCCACAACACCCAAGGGAAAAGAUACAGUUUAAAUAUGGCUCCCAAUCAGAGACAACCAGCAAACAGCUGACACUCGUUGCCUCUGAUUGGGAGUCACAUCGUCAAACAUAGAAUAAAACAAACUAGAAUACCCAACAUAGAAAAUGAACACAUAGAAUGAACACACCCUGGCUCAACAUAUAGAGUCCCAGAGCCAGGGUGUGACAAAUAUUGAAAUGACAUUUGUUUAAAAGUUUGUCAACAUCAUAUAAUAAUGUUACAUUACACAUACAUAUUGGCAGAACAUUGCAGCAAUGUUUUCAGAACUACUUCCGUUAUCAUUGAAGUAUGUUUUUAGAAUUUCUUUGGAUCAUCAUGUCUUAACCUUACAUAAUAACUUUAUAAGAGUCUCACAGGACUGUUUCCUUUUUGUUGUUAUAGGUGUUAGUAGUAAUGUCUCCAUCAACAUUCGCUGAAUAUUCCAGGACUGUUUUUUUUUGUUGAACAAAUUCUAUUGCUCCAACAUUUUAUGACUGAAGUAUGUUCAGGGAACGUUAUUAGAACCAUCAUGUGAUAACGUCACACUAUAACUUUUUGAGACCAUUGUAGGAAUAUUCCCUGCUUGUUGUUAUAGGUGUUUUAAAUAACAUCAUCAACAUUAGCAGAACGUUCCUGUAAUGUUUCCUCAGAACCACUUCUAUUGCUCCAACAUUUGGUUGCAGCAGUAUGUUCUAAGAACAUUACUGGAAUGUGUUAAUAUGUUCCCUGGCAACCUAAUGAGAACCUUAGGGGAAUGUUCUGUGGUAGUUUUUACAGAUUUUGUGAACCACAUUUUAGUGAAUGUUAGAAGAAGAUUCCAAGGAUAUUUCAUUUCAAGCAUUUUCUUAGAAACAUUAUUUGGGAAUGUUUUAAUUCUAAUGUUAGAAAAACCUUAACUAGAACUUAGUGGGAAUCUUAGGUAAUGUUCUGGGAAUGUUCCCGGUUUGCUGGGAAUUAUAUACUCAUUAGGCCAAGAGGCAAAACAGAAGACUAGUGCAAGGGUAGCACUUUUGAGGCAAAAUUUAAGUUACAGAUUGUAGCUUUAACACUUAUCACCUGCCUCUGUCAGGGGAGGAAUCGUCUUGAGCCAAAGAGUUCCAUGAGCAAGCACACUGAAACGACGUGAGAGAUAUUACUGCUGUGCUGAGCAAUAUCAAAUAUGUUUGGAAGUUUGGUCCAGUCAGAUCUACAUAAAAGCAAAUCCAGAAGGAUAAUGAGUGUCUUCCGAUGUGGUGACUAAUUCAUUUAUUGCUUUUUGACCCACCUCUCUCUCUGUCUCCUUUUCUAUCCUCUUGUCCUAGGAUACGCUUCACCACCACUGGCGGGAGGGAAACAUCCCCUCAGGUGCACGCUGUAAGGUCUGCCGACGCACCUGUGGCUCCUCGGACGUCCUGGCGGGAAUGCGGUGUGAGUGGUGUGGUAUUACGGUAAGACUCAAAACGACAACAAAAGUACCGCCACUAAAGAACAACUAUAGUAAAUAAUGCGUUUGUUUCAUCCUUUGCAGACACACGCUGCCUGUUAUGUCAUCGUGCCACCAGAGUGUGACCUAGGACGGCUACGUAGCAUGCUCCUUCACCCUGCUUGCGUGCGAAUAUGCUCGCGGAACUUCAGCAAGAUGCACUGCUACCGCAUCUCUGAGAGCUGCCAGAAUGAGCUGGGUAAGCUUGUGGUCUCCACCAAUGUUCCCUCUAAGCUACGCGUGUGCGCGCAGUAGCCCCGAUAUUGCCACGCAGCUCCCCCCGGGACUGCCGCGCAGAGGAAAUAUCAGCCCACAGAGAAAAGCACGAGAUGUCACCUCCUUAUCUGAAGGACAAGUGGAUAAAUGUCAAGCCCUGCAUGUUUUCUUUCAAAAGUCUCAUGGAAUGUAGGCCUACAUUGAACACCACACAUUGGCUGCUACUGUAGGCUGAAUGAUAGUCAGAUAUUUCCAUGUAAAAAUGUUGUGGGAUGCAUUUUCUCCAUUGUUUUUGAUGGUAGGCCACUCUGGUAGGCCUACAUUAUGAUCAAAUAGCCACAGUAGGCUACAUGGCCACUGUUAACACUAACUUAAAGUGGGUACAGCCUCAGUGUUCAUAGUAAACGUGCGCUGGAAGUUGCACAGACCUGACAUUUGCUCAGUACUGAAUUUUAGGGAACAUUGGCCUCCACCACCCAUUACCCCUCCCCACCCCCCUACCCAAAGCCACAUCCUCUCAGCAACUGUUUCACACUCAGACAUUACCUGAACAAACAUAUAUAGACAGUGUGCACACAAAAAAUAUACACAUUGGAAAGUAAAUUAAGAAAGCAAUAAAAUAUAACUGAAUGGCUGAGUUUCCAUUCUGAAAAUGUGAGACGUAGGCCUAAUUCAUUCUCCGACAAUACCACACAGUCAACUUUUCAUUCCCUUUGUAAAAAGUCUUACUUGGGCACCUAGGCUGUCAGGAAUGACAUCUGCCUUUGAGCAAGUGUCAACUUGUCGUUGGGUUUCUUAUUCUAUGUUAGACUAGAUGAAUCACUAGUCAGUUGUCAAGCAAGAUGAGCAACGGUAAACUGUGCUUGGCUUUGAAAUUAAAAAGGCACCCAUGUUUCAGACAGUUUCAUUUUUACAUUUUUAGUCAUUUAGCAGACGCUAAAUGGCAUCCAUGUUUCAGACAGUUUUUAGUCAUUUAGCAGACGCUAAAUGGCAUCCAUGUUUCAGACAGUUUCAUUUUUACAUUUUUAGUCAUUUAGCAGACGUGCUUAUCCAUAGCAAGUUACAGUAGUGAGUGCAUACAUUUUCAGGAUUUUUUUGUACUGGUCCCCCUUGGGAAUCGAACCCACAACCCUGGCGUUGCAAGCGCCAUAUUCUACCAACUGAGCCACACAGGACACCAACUGUGUGUAAACAAUGUGUGUAAACAAUGGGAAAACUGUGGGAAAACAAAUGCAACGUUAAUUAUAUUUCCUCAUUGUUUGCCUUCACGUACCUAUACUUGACCUUUGCUUCAUCAGAUAACUUGGACGAAGUUGACACCCAGAUUCCAGCACCUACAAAGGAGAGCCAGCCGGCAACCGCAGUGGAUUCAGGUACGUACAGGAUGAGUUGUCACAUUGUGUAUUUGGCCACUAAUGUUUCCCUGUGAUCAUUGAAAUCACAUCUAAACCUAUACGAUUAUUCCCAUGUUUCAACUAUAAAAGAGAGUCCCUAAUGUUUCUGUUGGAAGUUAUUUUGUGGUGCUUUAACUGUGUGGGCUAUUUGGAGCAUGACACUGAGCUGACAGGGGUCCUACCGCUCCCAAUGUUCAGCAGCAUUUGCUAAUGCUUAGUAAUCUAUCCUAAUCCUAAUUAUACAGGUCCAUAGAACUGACCACGUUUGUCUAAAUAGUGUGUUUUUUUUGCAAACUCCAGGGAAGCAGGUUCUCAAGGUGUUUGAUGGGGUCGAUGCAGUCAAGCGCAGCCACUUCCGUUUGGUCUCCAUUCCUCGGAUAACCAAGAAUGAGGAAGUGGUGGUGAGAUUCUCCCCAUUCCCUAAAAUGGAUUAACACUGGAUUAAUUCCAUUUUUUUUCUGGCAUUAAGUGCUUAAUUGUUUUUAGAGUGCUUUUUUUUUUUUGAAUGCUUAGCAGGACAGGAAAAUUGUCCAAUUCACGCCCAUAUCAAGAGAAUAUCCCUCGUCAUCCCUACUGCCUCUGAUCUGGCGGACUCUCUAAACACGCAUGCUUCGUUUGUAAAUUAGGUCUGAGUGUUGGAGUGUGCCGCUGGCUAUCCAUACAUUUAAAAAACAAGAAAAUGAUGCCGUCUGGUUUGUUUAAAUUAAGAAAUUUGAAAUGAUUUAUAUUUUAGCAAUUACAUUUACUUUCGAUACUUAAGUAUAUUUAAAACCAAAUACUUUACUGGGUGACUUUCACUUUUACUUGAGUCAUUUUCUAUUAAGGUAUCUUUACUUUACUGACAAUUGGGUACUUUUUCCACCACUGACUAUGUGAAGUGUAUAAGUACUACUGGUCAGUAGAAUCAGGUCAGGUGUGUUGAAGCCUGCACACCCAAUAGGUCUCUCCAGGAGGAGGAUCACUGAUCUAAUCCCUGUCUGCAGGAGUCAGCGUUGAGGACCUUCUACAUCCCAGAUGACUCGCUGGACUACGAGCUCCAAGACAACGGCCAGCAGGCUCUACACCACAACGACAUCCUCAACCGUAACGGCACCCCCGACGAAAGGGCCAUCUUUAAGGAGAAUGUGCCCGAGGCGUGGCUCCUAAGGGCCAAACCCCAGGAGACAGAGGUCCUCAAGAUUUACGCCGGCUGGCUCAAGUGAGUACUGCUGGGGGACAAUACUUAGUCAUUGGGCAAAUCUCAAAUGACUAUUCCCUAAAUAGUGCAUUACUUUUUGACCAAAUCCUUUGCUGAUACAAAUUAGUUGUUCCCAUGGUAAAAGUUUCCCUCAUACCAUACCUCUAUCUCCCAUCUCUACUGCCUGGCUCUGUUUACAGGGUUGGCGUGGCGUACAUAUCGAUCUCCAUCUCCAAGAACAGCACGGUGGAUUCUGUCAUUAAGGAGGUCCUCACUCAACUGGGAAGACAGGUACAGCUUACCAGCAGGUCUCCAACAUAACACACCCAGUCCACCUUAACUGCAGCUUGGCACAAACCUUGGCACUAGUAUUGUUCACAGAAGUUGCAAUUAAUGGUUGUACUAGAGCAGGGGUGUCAAACUCAUUUUAGCUCAGGGGCCACAUGGAGGAAAAUCUAUUCCCAAGUGGGCCGGACCGGAAAAAUCAUGGUAUAUAUAACUUAAAAACAACAACUUCAGAUUGUUGUCUUUGUUUUAAUACGAUCAACAUACAACAUAAAGCUGGAGCCUGAGGACAGUGUGUCCAAAAUAGUACAAGCACAACAUCACUAUUAAUCAUAAAACACGUCAAGUUUAUUUGAAAAUUCUAAAGAAAAAGAACACACAAACACACAAUGCCUCAGUGAUUAACAUAACUGUUUCACAGAUCACAGAACUAUAUCAGGGUGUCAUUUCUCAGGCAGAAAUGUAGAUAAAAAAUAAUGAAAUCCUGUUCCCCAAACAAGUGCAAGAACCACAGAGUCAAGAAUAGGUUAAAUAUACAAAUAAAAUAAAAACAAUUAAAAACAAUAGCACAUCAACAUAAAAACAUAUAAACAUAAAGCUGGAGCCUGAGGACAGUGUCCAAAAGCACAACAUCACUAUUAAUCAUAAAACACCUCAAGUUAUUUGAAAGUUCUGAGGACAAAGAACACACAAACACACAAUGCCUCAGUGAUUCACAGAAGUAUAUCACAGAUCACAGAACUAUAUCAGGGUGUCAUUUCUCAGGCAGAAAUGUAGAUAAAAAUAAUGACAUCCUGUUCCCCAAACAAGUGCAAGAACCACAGAGUCAAGAAUAGGUUAAAUAUACAAAUAAAAUAAAAUCAAUUAAAAACAAUAGCACAUCAACAUAAAAACAUAUAAACAUAAAUCUGAAAGCGUUGCUCAAACUCCAGUAACAGUCCCGUUAUUUUAUCUUUGAACCGCUUCAUGUCUGCCACAUGUUGGGUCGCGCACACAUUUUUCAGACAGGGGAAGUGAGCUGCAUCACCACCGGCGAGUUGCGUCUCCCACAAUGACAGCUUCAACUUGAAAGAACGUAUGCUGUCAUAAUACUGCGUGACAACUUUGUUGCGCCCUUGCAGCUGUUUGUUGAAGUUAUUCAGGUGCUCUGUAACAUCCACCAUAAAUGCAAGGUCCUGCAUCCAUUCUGCGGAAUGAACUGUUCAAUUUCUUCUCGUAAAUCAAAGAAACGCCUCAGCACAGCACCUCGGCUUAACCAUCUUACCCCAGUGUGGUAUGGCAGGCCAUAGAUGUGGUCUUUCUCUCUGAGAAGGCUGUCAAACUGACGGUGAUUCAGGCUUCUGGAUCGGAUGAAAUUAACCAGUCCACUCCGACCCUGUCCAGCGCGCAGACGAGUGCGGUAAAAAUAUCAGCUGCUGUCGUUGUAUCUGUCAUCGGCACGAACUCCAUGAACUCCUCGGUGACGGUCAAUGUGUCAUCAACUCCGCGGAUGAAAAUGGCCAGUUGUGCAACAUCUGUAAUGUCCGUGCUUUCAUCAAUUGCAACCGAAAACGCAAUAAAUGACUUUACUUUUUGCUUCAACUGGCUGUCCAAAUCCACUGAAAGAUCGGAAAUCCUGUCUGCAACUGUGUUUCUUGUCAGGCUGAUAUUUGCAAAAGCCUGCCGCUUUUCAGGGCACACAAUCUCCGCUGCCUUCAUCAUGCAUGUUUUUACAAAUUCACCCUCACUAAAUGGUUUUGAAGCCACUGCGAUUUCAUUAGCAAUGAGGUAGCUAGCUUUCACUGCAGCGUCACUGAUGUCUCGGCUGUGAGUAAACACAGACUGCUGUUUCUUCAGACCCGCCAACAGUUCAUUCACCUUCUCUCAUCUCCGCUGUCCUUGAAAGUUGUCAUAUUUGUCGGCAUGAAGACUCACAAAGUGGCGACGAAGGUUAUAUUCUUUCAGCACUGCAACAUGCUCUGAACACACCAAACAUACAGCUUUCCCAUUAAAUUCCGUGAAUAAAUAGGAUGACCAUUUUUCUUGGAACACUCUGCGUCCACUUUUCUCUUUUUUGACAGAGACAUAUUGGGGCAAUGAGGGUGCCAAAGCACAUAAUGUUAAAAGUAGAAGCCGUAAUAAAUAUCGCGGGCAAAACUCCUGAGUGGCGCAGUGGUCUAAGGCACUGCAUCGCAGUGCUAACUGUGCCACUAGAGAUCCUGGUUCGAAUCCAGGCUCUGUCGCAGCUGGCCGCGACCGGGAGACUCAUGGGCGGCGCACAAUUGGCCCAGCGUCGUCCAGGGUAGGGGAGGGAAUGGCCGGCAGGGAUGUAGCUCAGUUGAUAGAGCAUGGUGUUUGCAACGCCAGGGUUGUGGGUUCGAUUCCCACGGGGGGCCAGUAUAAAAAAUAAAAUAAUGUAUUCACUAACUGUAAGUCGCUCUGGAUAAGAGCAUCUGCUAAAUGACUAAAAUGUAAAAUGUAAAUGUAAAACAAAGUAGCUCAUUGGCUGCACGUGCUUGACCUACUUGCUCUGCCCCGGUAUAAACAGUUUGCUUGCUUAACACAAUUGCUAUUGCGCCAUCCAGUGGACGCAAUUGGAACAGCAGUUUAUUUUAUUGAAAAAUUGCAGCGCAUUUUUAUACUUUACAAAAAUAUUAUACAAUUAUUAUUAUUAUUUUAUUUUUUUAAUCGGCCCGCGGGCCGGAUUAAACCCGUUUGCGGGCCUGAUCCGGCCCGCGGGCCGGACGUUUGACACCCCUGUACUAGAGACUCCUUUGCUCUGACUGUAUAAACGUAUCUGUUAAUGACAACCCUAGUUCAAUACUCUUGUUUGGUGAUGCUCUUUUCUCCAGGAUGAAGACCCAUCAAGCUUCAACCUUGUGGAGGUUUACAUGGGCAGUAAGCAAGGUAAGGAAACAGGAAAUGGGAAGGUGUCAUACCUAUACAUCAAGGCUGGGUUUUUACAUAGCAUAAGAAAUGUCAUACUCUGUUUAUAUGCCUUCAUUACUGUGUCUUAUCAAAGUUCACUGACAGUGUGUGUUCUUUCUGUCUCUACAUUCAGUUCAGAGACAAGGGCUGACAGGCCAGGAGCUGCUGCUGUACAAACUGCAGGAGAUAAGGAAGGUAUGAGGAACUUCAACCUAACAUUCAAGUUUAUGGGUGAUUGGGUGUGCAUUCGGAAAGUAUUCAGACCCCUUCCCUUUUUCCACAUUUUAUUACGUUACAGCCUUAUUCUAAAAUGGAUUCAAUAAAAGGCACAUGACAGCCUGCUUGGAGUUUGCCAAAAGGCACCUAAAGGACUCUCAGACCAUGAGAAACAAGAUUCUCAGGUCUGAUGAAACCAAGAUUCAACUAUUUGGGCUGAAUGCCAAGCGUCACGUCUGCAGGAAACCUGGCACCAUCCCUACAGUGAAGCAUGGUGGUGGCAGCAUCAUGCUGUAGGGAUGUUUUUCAGCGGGCAGGGACUGGGAGACUAGUCAGGAUCGAGGGAAAGAUGAACGGAGCAAAGUACAGAGAGAUCCUUCAUGAAACCCUGCUCCAGAGCGCUCAGGUCCUCAGACUGGGGUGAAGGUUCACCUUCCAACAGGACAACGACCCUAAGCACACAGCCAAGACAACGCAGGAGUGGCUUCAGGACAAGUCUCUGAAUGUCCUUGAGUGGCCCAGCCAGAGCCCGGACUUGAACCCGAUCGAACAUCUCUGGGGAGAUCUGAAAAUAGCUGUGCAGCGACGCUCCCCAUCCAAGCUGACAGAGCUUGAGAGGAUCUGCAGAGAAUAAUGGGAGAAACUCCCUAAAUACAGGUGUGCCAAGUGUUGUGUCAUAUUCGAGGCUGUAAUCGGUGCCAAAGGUGCUUCAAAAAAAGUACUGACUAAAGGGUCUGAAUACUUAUCUAAAUGUGAUAAACUUCUAAAAACCUGUUUUUGGUUUGUCAUUAUGAGGUAUUGUGUGUAGAUUGAUGAAGAAAAAUAACUAUUUAAUCAAUUUUAGAAUAAGGCUGUGACGUAACAAAAUGUGGAAAAAGUCAAGGGGUCUGAAGACUUUCCGAAUGCACUGUAUGUGUGUGUAGGUGUUUACGAACAGGUAUGUGUGUUUAUCUGUGUAUUUUUGUUCCUGACAGAUCUCCCUAAGGCAGAUGAACCAGACCCGUUUCUACAUAGUGGAGAGCAGGAAGCAGGUUGUCCAGGUCCACCUGCUGCUAGAGGGACUGCCUGUACAGCUGAGCAAGGAGGAAUAUGCAGACCUGCUACAGGAGCACUUAGCUAUCAAGAGUGAGUCGACACACAUCAGAUCACCAUGCUGCUCCUUUGCUAGAAUUAAAACGGACAGAAUCCCACGGUAUUCAGUGUUAUCCCCCUUUCAUUCCGAUUACCCCAGAGAUCCUCCUGAACAUUUCCCUUGAAAUGGACUAUAGUUGAUUUAAAUGUGAUUAGUACUGUUGUUAACUGACUAGAUGUGAAUCUGCUCUCCUCUUCACCCCUGCUCCAUAGGUCACUUGGUCACCAUCACACAUGUUUACGGGAGCCAAGGUGGGUACGUCGCCAUGGAAACAGCCAGUGGAGCACCACCUUCCCUUCUCCACCCCCCUCCAUCUCAUCCCACUCUCUAAUCCUGCUGUCCCUUCCCUCUCAUCCUACUCUUUUCUCCCCACAAUCCCCUCCCUGACCCCCUCCCUGUGCCCUCAUUCCACAUCAUCCCCAUUCAGUACACACAGGCUUUAGUUGGCUCUGAAACAGACAGCCUGUUCUGGGUUGUAUGUCCCUGCUUGACACUGCUCAAGUCACUGCUCUGUUGCUGCAGGCCACUGCAGCAGGAUCCUGCCCCAUUCAGUGUUACAUAAGCCUCUUUCUUACAGACUGUGAGUGUCCCACUGCAGCUGCCACUUCCCAAGAGCUAAAUGGUCCAUUUAUAUCAAGCCUGCUGUAUGACCCACAUCCAUUGAUCUUGUGAUGUCUUUAUUAUAAUAAACAAUUUAUUUGUGGAGAACGUUUGAUGCAUUAUAUCCAAAGUACUAAAUGUCGUCAUAACAUUGAAUGUGUGCCAGUCUGGGCUAUAUGAGAUAUCCUAUUUACAGGGCUUGUUAUGCAACGUCACAUUGUGAGUUCAUCGAUCAUGAGGUUUGCUUGUCUGCCUGAGUUGCAGGUGCAGUAGUGGUGCAGAUAUCAUGUUUCUCUGAGGCUGAGAGGAUCUACAUGUUAGCCAAAGACACGUCUGUCAGCAACCAGCAGCUGACCUCCCUAGUCAUACCAGAGAUUAUGGUAAUACUGCAUCAAUGUGAAGUAAACAAUCCCAGAUCCCAGUUGAAUGUGUAAUUUAUGUGAACUAAACUUUUAAAGAAGAUGGCUUGCUUUACUCCAUUGACAAUGCUGCUGUUGUAACUCUCCUGCAGCACAACAAGUUGCCCAAAGGUGGCUCGCCCCUACUGGUGUUUGUCAACCCCAAGAGCGGCGGGCUGAAGGGCCGAGAGCUUCUCUAUGGCUUCCGGAAGCUUCUGAACCCCCACCAAGUGUUUGACAUGACCAACGGGGGACCAUUGCCUGGGUGAGACAAAUGGUGGUUAGCCACAUUCAGCAGGGUAAUGUCAGAGCUGUUGUGUUUGUAGAAGGGGGGUCUAUGUUGUGCAAUGUUUUUUUCCACUAGGUCUUUCGAAAGAGUUUUGUCUACUAUGUAUGUUAGUUAGCCAUGACACGGACACAAAGAAAUUAGCCAACCAACGAAUACAUGAUUGACUUUAAAUAUAUAUGUUGUAGAAAAUAAUAGAAACAUUAUUAUUUGUGUAAGAGAUAUAUCUAACUAGCUAACUAGGCUACAAUUCUAACCAAUUAAAUAAACACCUUAUCUCUUUUAUUUUUGUAUGUUCUUUUUUCUAUCCUCCACAGACUGCACACGUUUAGGGAGGUACCCCGCUUCCGGGUUCUGGUGUGUGGGGGAGAUGGGACGGUGGGCUGGGUCCUGAGUGUCCUGGAAGCCAUCAGACACAAACUGGUCUGUCCCGAGCCCCCCAUUGGCAUUGUUCCACUGGGCACAGGUGAGAGGGACCCCUGAGGACACACCCUUCUCUUCUAAUCACUGUAGUGUGCAUAUGUUAGCUUUAAUCAUCUUACAUCAGUAGUUGAACUAUUGGAUAUUGGAUAUUUUUCCCAAUAACCCCCCCCCCCCAAUGCCUUCCAUCAGGUAACGACCUGGCGCGGAUCCUGCGCUGGGGGACGGGCUACAGCGGAGAGGACCCCCACCACAUCCUGGUGUCUGUAGACGAGGCGGAGGAGGUGCAGAUGGACCGCUGGACCAUCCUGCUGGAUGCACAGGAAGUCACUGAGGACGGCAAGGAGAACGGCUUCCUGGAACCACCAAAGGUACAAUCAGAUUCAUGUAGAUAUGAUUCAUAUUAUAACUAUUGCCAUUGUUAUAACUAUAAUGCCAAGAGAUACAGUUGAAGUCGGAAGUUUACAUACACUUAGGUUGGAGUCAUUAAAACUCGUUUUUCAACCACCACAAAUUUCUUGUUAACAAACUAUAGUUUUGGCAAGUCGGUUAGGACAUCUACUUUGUGCAUGACACAAGUAAUUUUUCCAACAAUUAUUUACAGACAGAUUAUUUCACUUAUAAUUCACUGUAUCACAAUUCCAGUGGGUCAGAAGUUUACAUACGCUAAGUUGACUGUGCCUUUAAACAGCUUGGAAAAUUCCAGAAAAUGAUGGCAUGGCUUUAGAAGCUUCUGAUAGGCUAAUUGACAUCAUUUGAGUCAAUUGGAGGUGUACCUGUGGAUGUAUUUCAAGGCCUACCUUCAACCUCAGUGCCUCUUUGCUUGACAUCAUGGGAAAAUCAAAAGAAAUCAGCCAAGACCUCAGAAUAAAAAUUGUAGACCUCCUCAAGUCUGGUUCAUCCUUGGGAGCAAUUUCCAAACGCCUGAAGGUACCACGUUCAUCUGUACAAACAAUAGUACGCAAGUAUAAACACCAUGGGACCACGCAGCCGUCAUACCGCUCAGGAAGGAGACGCAUUCUGUCUCCUAGAGAUGAACGUACUUUGGUGCGAAAAGUGCAAAUCAAUCCCAGAACAACAGCAAAGGACCUUGUGAAGAUGCUGGAGGAAACAGGUACAAAAGUAUCUAUAUCCACAGUAAAACGAGUCCUAUAUCGACAUAACCUGAAAGGCCGCUCAGCAAGGAAGAAGCCACUGCUCCAAAACCACCAUAAAAAUGCCUGACUACGGUUUGCAACUGCACAUGGGGACAAAGAUCGUACUUUUUGGAGAAAUGUCCUCUGGUCUGAUGAAACAAAAAUAGAACUGUUUGGCCAUAAUGACCAUCGUUAUGUUUGGAGGAAAAAGGGGGUUGCUUGCAAGCCGAAGAACACCAUCCCAACCGUGAAGCGCGGGGGUGGCAGCAUCAUGCUGUGGGGGUGCUUUGCUGCAGGAGGGACUGGUGCACUUCACAAAAUAGAUGGCAUCAUGAGGAAGGAAAAUUAUGUGGAUAUUUUGAGGCAACAUCUCAAGACAUCAGUCAGGAAGUUAAAGCUUGGUCGCAAAUGGGUCUUCCAAAUGAACAAUGACCCCAAGCAUACUUGCAAAAUGGCUUAAGAACAACAAAGUCAAGGUAUUGGAGUGGCCAUCAUAAAGCCCUGACCUCAAUCCUAUAGAAAAUGUGUGGGCAGAACUGAAAAAGCGUGUGCGAGCAAGGAGGCCUACAAACCUGACUCAGUUACACCAGCUCUGUCAGGAGGAAUGGGCCAAAAUUCCCCCAAUUUAUUGUGGGAAGCUUGUGGAAGGCUACCCGACACGUUUGACCCAAGUUAAACAAUUUAAAGGCAAUGCUACCAAAUACUAAUUGAGUGUAUGUAAACUUCUGACCCACUGGGAAUGUAAUGAAAGAAUUAAAGCUGAAAUAAAUCAUUCUCUCUACUAUUAUUCUGACAUUUCACAUUCUUAAAAUAAAGUGGUGAUCCUAACUGACCUAAGACAUGGUAUUUUUACUAGGAUUAAAUGUCAGGAAUUGUGAUAAACUGAGUUUAAAUGUAUUUGGUUAAGGUGUAUGUAAACUUCCGACUUCAACUGUAUAUUUAGUUGAUGCAUGGGUGCACUGGUCGGCGUGGUCAUUAAAUUACUGCUGGUCUCCCUUGUUGCAGAUAGUGCAGAUGAACAACUAUUUUGGGCUGGGCAUCGAUGCUGAGCUCAGUUUGGACUUCCACCAUGCCCGUGAAGAAGAACCAGGAAAGUUCAACAGCAGGUAGGAGACCACCUCCAGUAAGAAGUUACUUUAAAAUAUCUCCAAAAAGAGAACAUCCCUAAAACGGCUUAUCCUUGGUGUGUCUCUAUCAGUGGAGGCUGCUGAGGGGGAUAUGGCUCAUAAUAAUGGCUGGAACGGAGUAAGUGGAAUGGCAUCAAACACAUGGAAACCAUGUGUUUGAUGUAUUUGAUACCAUUCCACUAAUUCCGUCCCAGCCAUUAUCACUAGCCCAUCCUCCCCAAUUAAGGUGCCACCAACCUCCUGUGGUAUGUAGGUUCCAUAACAAAGGUGUGUACCUGAAGGCGGGUCUGCAGAAGCUGAGCCACACACGGAACCUUCACAAGGACCUCAAACUGCAGGUGGACAAACAAGACAUAGAACUGCCCAGCAUAGAAGGCCUCAUCUUCCUAAACAUCCCCAGGUAGGAAAUACACACACAAACACACACGACUAAACUCUACACACGGCUGACAGUCAGACACUCAUGACGCAUGACAUUCACUUCAAGAUGCAUGCUCAUGAAGAAGAAUGGCCUCUCACACUGGCCCCUUACCCACUCAAACCUAAAUGUACAUAAUGAUCUGAAACACAGUCAGUACUUACAACUGCGUGUGUGUCUGUGUUUAGCUGGGGCUCUGGGGCAGACCUGUGGGGAUCAGAGGGUGACUCGCGCUACGGGAAACCCCGCAUUGACGAUGGCAUGCUGGAGGUGGUGGGGGUGACCGGGGUAGUGCACAUGGUGAGUUCAUCGCUCACUACUCUUACUCAGUUGAGUACCAUGUAUGUCCUGAUACCACAGAGAGGAGAGAGAUCAGCGCUAUGGUCCCAGUGUUUCAGAACGUUUUCUCCAGAUAGAAAUGUAAAUAACCGUCAUUGAUAUGUAGUGUAUAUGUAUUGAUGUACAGCGUUAAAAUCAGGAUACCACAAAUGCAGUUUGUAUACAUGUAUACAGAUAUAUCUGUGUUGUGUGGUCCAGGGCCAGGUGCAGAGCGGCAUGCGCUCUGGGAUCCGUCUCGCCCAGGGUAACUACGUGCGUAUCACAGUGACCAAGCCCAUCCCUGUGCAGGUGGACGGAGAGCCCUGGAUACAGGCCCCUGGAAAUAUCAUCAUAUCUGCAGCAGGCCCAAAGGUAACAGCUUUUUGCUACUAUAAUGGGACAAAUAGUUACAACUUUACUGUGGUAUCCUUCACCAUGGUUGAAAACCUCCCAUACCUUUCUAUAAAGUCAAGCGCUGUUAAGCGAUCGUGUCCUUGAUGCUGUGUUCAGGUGCGGAUGCUGAGGAAGUCCAAACACAAGCAGAAGAAGCAGCCUGCCAGCCUGAAAGAGGGGCGAUCCGAAAGCCCUUCGUCCAGCGAUGGGGGACACUGAUGCACCC